CAAGGUUUUAUUCUUCUGAUAUUGUUGGUUUCUUCGUUUCUGUGGGUCUGACUCGGUCUCUCUCCUUUUCGAGCCAGAACCACCGAAAAACCCACACUGUAUAGCAAACCCUAAUUCUUUGGUCUCAGAUCGGCCAUGGCUUCCAGUAAAGAACGCGAGAACUUUGUUUACGUCGCUAAGCUCGCCGAGCAGGCCGAGCGUUAUGAUGAAAACUUGGACAUCGUUUUAUCUAAAUGGUGGAAGCAAUGAAGAAUGUUGCAAAGCUUGAGGUUGAAUUGACAGUUGAGGAAAGAAACUUACUUUCUGUUGGAUACAAGAAUGUGGUUGGAGCACGGAGAGCAUCAUGGAGGAUCUUAUCAUCAAUAGAGCAGAAAGAAGAAGCUAAAGGAAAUGAAGCAAAUGCUAAACGCAUCAAGGAAUACAGACAAAAGGUUGAAACAGAGCUCUCUGGUAUUUGUGAUGAUAUCAUGACAGUGAUUGACGAGCACCUAAUUCCAUUGGCUUCAGCUGGGGAAUCGACAGUGUUCUACUAUAAGAUGAAAGGAGAUUAUUAUCGUUACCUUGCUGAAUUUAAAUCUGGUAAUGAGAAGAAAGAAGCAGCUGAUCAAUCGAUGAAGGCAUAUGAGGCUGCAACCAGCUCAGCCGAAUCUGAAUUACCCCCUACACAUCCUAUCCGUUUGGGUUUGGCAUUAAAUUUCUCAGUCUUCUAUUAUGAAAUCCUGAAUUCACCCGAAAGGGCCUGCCACCUUGCAAAGCAAGCUUUUGAUGAAGCCAUCUCCGAACUUGACACCCUUAACGAGGAGUCAUACAAAGAUAGCACCUUAAUCAUGCAGCUUCUUAGGGACAACCUUACAUUAUGGACUUCUGACAUCCCAGAGGAUGGAGAUGAUGCCCAAAAGAUCAAUGGAACUGCCAAGAUUUCUGGUGGUGACGAUGCCGAGUGAAGCGGAUAGCAUCAUAAGUGGCAGAAUCACUACUCUGGAGAUGAUGGAUGUGACUCGAUAAUUGCUCUUGGUGUUUAGCAUAAGGAGGGUUCC